GGGUUUUUUGUAAUUUAUCCCAAGAACAUUGAACUAACUUGAUUUCUUGGAUGUCAACUGCAUUCAUGAGCUUGUAUGCCUAAUAAAUUAGUUCCUUCACAUAUGCCAUUGUAAUUACACGGCAAAGCAUGAGAAGCUAGAUGCUACACCUGCUUAUUUACGCUUGGUUAUAUAUUUGUACUUAGUUAUCAUUUUUGUUUUCUUGAUCCUAUCAAAAAAAAUGGAUGUGCUUCUUUUCCUGACUUUACCUUUGCCAAUAAUCUUGUUCAUCUUCAUCCUCAUCAGGAAAAACGGGUCGACCCAAGAAAAUCGCCGCCGCGGCCGCCGCCCGCCGGGGCCAAAAGGGCUUCCGUUCAUCGGAAACCUACACCAAUUCGACACUUCGAAACUCCACCUCUGUCUCUCUGACCUCUCCAACAAACACGGCCCCCUCAUGUACUUAAAACUCGGUCAAGUUCCGGCAGUCGUGAUUUCCUCGGCGCAAGUCGCCAAACAAGCCCUAAAGCACAACGACCUCGCGUUUGCCGGCCGCCCUCACACGACACCGUCAAAGAAACUAUCGUACGGCUACCUCGACAUCGCGUCGUCAUCUCAGAACGACUACUGGAGGGAGAUGAGGAAAACGGUCGUUCUUCUUCUCUUCACCCUCAAGCAAGUGCAUUCCUUUAAACCCAUCCGCGAAGAAGAGGUCUCUCAUAUGAUCGACGAAAUUACGAAUCUAACCCUGGCCGGUCCGAGCGGCCGGGCCGUUGACUUGAGCGAGAGGGUGAUGGCUUUCAGUACGAAGCUUUUGUGCAGAGUUGCGUUCGGAAAGAGGUUCGACGAAGGAAGAAGGUUCCAGAAGCUUAUGGUUGAUUUCGAGAAAGUAUCCGCCGACGUUGUUUUGGCUGAUUUUAUUCCUCUGUUUGGUUUGAUUGAUAAGUUAUCCGGUGUGGUUUAUCGGCUUGAUAGGGCUUUCGUGAAUAUGGACUCGUUUUUGCAGCAACUUAUAGAUGAGCAUCUCAGUCCCGAUAGGCCGGUUUCGAUGGAUGGCGAUUUUCUUGAUCUCUUGAUUCGACUCAGGGAAGAUGAUUCAGCUUCGGUUAAGAUUGAUUGGAACAAUAUCAAGGCAAUACUCAUGAACAUUGUCGUUGCUGGAAUGGAAACGAGUGCAUCCGCAAUCGUUUGGGCACUGACGGCUCUAACAAAGAAGCCAUGCGCAAUGAAGAAAGCACAACAAGAAAUCCGAAGUCUAAUGGCCGAUAGUAAGAAAAGUUUCGUAGACGAAGAUGAUAUCGAAAAGUUAACCUAUCUCAAAGCAGUCAUUAAAGAAACUUUGAGAUUGUAUCCACCACUUCCAUUGUUGGUCCCAAAGGAGACAAUGGAAAAGUGCAUCAUAAACGGGUACGAUAUCGAACCGAAAACGUUUGCUUUCGUUAAUGUAUGGGCCAUUGGUAGAGAUCCCGAGUAUUGGAAAAAUCCGAACGAAUUCUUGCCGGAGCGGUUCUUGAAUAAUAAUAAUAGUUAUGACAAAAGUAUUGAUUUUAAAGGGCAAGAUUUCGGGUUUAUUCCGUUUGGGUCGGGGAGAAGAAGGUGCCCGGGAUUGUCUCUCGGAGUUGCGGCUGUGGAAAUGGCGUUGGCCAAUCUUCUUUACUCGUUCGAUUGGGAAUUGCCUCCGGGUGUGAAAGAAGAAGAUAUUGAUACUGAUGCAUCGGAAGGAUUUACGAUGCGUAAAAAGAACCCUCUUUGUCUUAUAGCCAAACGUUAUGUUUAGUUAAUUUGUUAUCGGGUCGUUGUUAGGGUCAACAAAGAUUUUAACGAGGAGGUUUUGUGAAACCUACACUUGGUGAAAAACACAGUACGAUCUAAACCAAAAAUUUUGUAUGAUUAUCUAUAAUUAAAAGGUUUUAAGGAUUGAAGAUUAAUUGUUUUUGCU